AUGACAGAAGUAACUAAAAUUUUAAGCAUAGCAGGAAGUGAUAGUUGUGGUGGUGCGGGUAUUCAAGCUGAUAUAAAAACUGCAACAAGUUUAGGGUGUCAUUGUUGUACUGUAUUUGUUGUUUUAACUGCACAGAAUACUAAAGAGAUAAAAUCAAUUAUAGAAAUUGAAGAAAAUUUCAUUAUUGAUCAAUUAGAUAGUAUUUUUGCAGAUACAGAGAUAAAUGUUAUAAAAUUAGGAGUUUUGUAUUCUAAAAAAAUUAUAUCAUUAGUUCAUAAUUAUAUAAAAAAUAUAAAUAGUAAAAGAGAAAAUAAAUUAUUAGUAGUAUUUGAUCCAGUUUUUGUUUCUACUUCAGGUUGUAUGCUAGUAGAAAAUAUGGAAUAUAUAAAAUUUGCUUUAGAUUUAAUUUGUCCCAUAAGUACAAUAAUUACACCUAAUUUUUAUGAAUGUAAAUUAAUUAUGAAAGCUUUAAAUUAUGACGUUGAUUUUACAAAUAUAAAUUCAAUAGAAUUAUGCAAAUUAGUUACAGAAAAAUUAAAUAUAAAUGCCUGUUUGUUUAAAAGUUGUAAUAUUAGUAAAAACGGUACUGAAGAAAAUAAAUUGUAUGCAAUUGACCAUUUAUGUAUAAGAAAAAAUAAAAAUGAAAUUGAAAAUAUAAGUAACAAUGAAAACAUAAAUAUAAAAGAGGGAAAAUAUAUUUAUGACAUUUAUAAAUUAAUAACUAAAAGAACACCAGAUGCUGACAUUCACGGUACAGGUUGUACCUUAUCAACAGCCAUUUCUUGCUUUCUAUCAAAAAAGUAUGAUUUACUUCAAUCUUGUAUUGAAUCUAAAAAAUAUAUCUACAACUGCAUUAAAUAUGCUUACGAUUUUGGAAGUAAAAGUAAAGGAUUAAACAAUUUAAAAGCAUCACAAAAUUUAAAAAAUUUCAAUGAUUUUGAAGUAAUAAAAAUUGCUCAAAAUUUAUCUUAA